GUUGCGUAGCCUAGGACGUCAUAAUCGUAGCAAGCUCAGUGGUUUUGACAGCCAAUAAAACGAGCUGAAAGCACCCUAUUCCUCGAUAAUCAAACCUAUAUAUAACCAAGUGAUGGUCAAGUUCGAGACUGGACAAAGUACAGCAUGCCGGUGACCAAUUCAAGAACAUAGGCACCUUUAGAGAUACUGCGAGGGACAACCGUGCCGUCGGGACAUGUUUGUGGACAUACAUUCUUACUGAUCCCAUGCAUUGGUUGAUAGUGUUCUAGGAACCCUCUGUUGACAGCACGGAACAUUGAAGACACAUUCUUCCCAGAACCCCUACCUUGUGUUUUCCGACCUGCCUCGUGAACGAGAGACCAAAAGGUGCAAAAGAGCGGGAUUUUGGUGCCACUCAUCUCAGUAAGAGGUUGUGGCAAAGCCAAUCAUGAACUGCUUUGGCUCUCCCCCAGGCGAGGACGUUACCCCCCCACGUUCCAGACGCUCUGCAAACAACAUGGCCGCCAACUCAGCAACACCCCCCUCUGACAGGCGCUUCCUCAUCAUCUUCGACUUUGACGAGACCAUUGUGAAUGAGAGCAGUGAUGAUGUGGUGGUGCAGGCGGCCCCAGGGCAGAACCUCCCCGCCUGGCUGAAGGACACAUACCGGCCGGGCCACUACAACGAGUACAUGCAGCGCGUGCUAGCCUACAUGGCAGAGAAGGGCGUGCCCGAGAGCGCCAUCCGCUCUGUCAUCGAGAAGAUCCCCGCCUCUCCUGGCAUGCUGGCCCUGUUCCAGUUCCUCCGCCACCGCCCCCCGCAGGACUUUGAGGUGGUUCUGGUGUCUGAUGCCAACACCUUCUUCAUCGAGUCCUGGCUCCGCCGCGUUGGGGCCCGCCAGCUCUUCGUCAAGAUCUUCACCAACCCUGCCACCUUCGACAAGGAUGGCCGGCUGGUGCUGCGCCCCUUCCACUCUCACAGCUGCCUGCGCUGCCCGGAGAACAUGUGCAAGCAGGUGAUCUUGAGGGACUAUGUGAUGAGGCGGACGCAGGAGCGUGGGCGGCCGUUCCAGAGGGUAUUUUACGUGGGCGAUGGGGCCAACGACUUCUGCCCGUCACUGAUCCUGGGCCCCCGGGACACGGCGUUCGCCCGGCGGGACUACCCCAUGCACCGGCUGAUCACUGAGAUCCACGAGGCCAGGCCGGGGGAGUUCAAGGCUGUCACUGUGCCAUGGGCCAGUGGGGAUGAUGUGGUGGAGCGACUCAGGAAGCACGCAGAGGAGAAAUAAUGACGCUAGGGGGGCGGGGGGGUACACCACCUGUUCACACACACCCAUGAACAAAUACUCAGAGACACACGCACAUACACACUCAUACACAAAUCACAUUCCCAGAUCAAAUACCCACAAAACCACAUACUGACACACAUCAAUGAAAAAACACUCUACACUCAAGAAUAGAGCAUGCCAAUUGAACAGGCCUUUGAUAUAUUGCCUGCGACAGACCGUGUCACACUUCCGCUCAGUCCAUCUGUCUUACUCUGACUCAGCCAUAGAGCUAGAGAUACUGUAGAGAUACUGUAGUCUUUCAGUCCAGCUCAUCAUACUCUAGGCUUAAGGUCAAUGAAAGAUAGCAACCCAAUAAAAGCAUCAACUCUGUUAAUCAUUACAGAGACCUAUGCCUUAGUUGAUGCCCUACCAAUCAGGCCAGUAUUGAGUCAACCAAGCUUUUACAGGGAUUGAUCCUUCUACGCUGGAUUGAGAGGGAAGAGGAACAAACACAUCAUUGACUGAAUAGGGGGUUCUGCAGUGAUACAUUUAGGACUGAUGUAUUACCUAUAUUCCUUUGACACUGAGCUUUAUUGGUUUAUUAACAGUCAAACUAGGUCAGUAGGGCAGCAGAUCAUGUUAGUUAGUGGCCCGUUCUCUGACUCUAGCCCUCUCCAGUCCACACAAUGGCAUUGUCGAUGCUAAAUGAAUGGGUGGCUAUUCCAGUGUAAUUAUUAUCUUAUAUUAUCAAUAAUGAAUGGUGUUUACUUGUUAACAGUGCUCUUUGUGAAAUAGAGAAUUUAUGGUUGAUCAGGGAAAAUGUAAUGUGACAACAUCGCCAUCUACUGGCAGACCUAAAGAUUGCAACUGGAGACCAGUUUUAAAGUUUGUACCAAAUGGCAUAACUAAAUAUUGUCAUUUUAAAACAUUUAUUAUUUGUGUAUACAUGUCUGUUUUUAAUAUGUACCAUGUACUUGUUCUACCACCAGCAGGAAUAUAAAGCCAUGAACUUAA